UAAGCAUUUCCAUAAAAAUGGAAGGUAACAACACAUCUCAAAGAAAGAAGAUGGAACAACACCUGGAGGAGAAGCGGAACAAGUAUGCGAUCGCCUGCUGCAUCAUUGCGUCGAUCAUCUCCAUCUUAAUGGGCUACGACACGGGGGUGAUGAGCGGGGCGAUGCUGUUCAUCAAGAAGGACCUGAAGAUCGGGGACGGGCAGGUGGAGGUGCUGGCGGGGAUCAUCAACAUCUGCGCGCUGGGCGGGUCGCUGACGGCGGGGCGGGUGUCGGACUGGCUGGGCCGGCGGCGCACGAUCGCGGUGGGCGCGGCCGUGUUCUUCGUCGGCUCCGCGCUGAUGGGCGCGGCGCCGGGCUUCGCGGCGCUGGUGGCCGGGCGGUGCGUGGCGGGGGUGGGGGUCGGGUACGCGCUGAUGAUCGCGCCGGUCUACUCUGCGGAGGUGUCGGCGCCGGCCACGCGCGGGUUCCUGACGUCGCUGCCGGAGAUGUGCAUCAGCGUCGGCAUCCUGCUCGGCUACGUCGCCAACUACCUGCUCGCCAAGCUGCCGCUGGCGUACAGGUGGCUGGUCAUGCAGGGCCAGAUCAAGGAGGCUAGGGAAGUGCUUCUAAGGGUAUCGAACGCGCCUGAAGAGGCAGAGCUCCGGCUGAGGGAAAUCAAGUCAGCCGCGGGGAUAUCCGAGGCCUCCGACGACGACGGCACCGUCCAGCUGACGAAGCAGCCUGCAGGGAAGGGCGUGUGGAAGGAGCUCCUGCUCCGGCCGACCCCCGCCGUCCGGCGGAUCCUGAUCGCCGCCAUCGGGAUACAUUUCUUCGAACACGCCACCGGCAUCGAGGCCGUCGUUCUCUACAGCCCCAGAAUCUUCAAGAAAGCCGGGAUCCGGACCCAGAACAAGCUGCUGAUCGCCACCAUGGGCGUAGGCCUGACGAAGACCUGCUUCCUACUGAUCGCCACGUUCCUCAUCGACAAAGUAGGGAGGCGGCCUCUCUUGCUCACCAGCUUGGGGGGCAUGGCGCUGUCCCUCGCCGGGCUAGGGUUUGGACUCACGAUGGUGGAGUGCUCCGGCGAGAGACUGGGCUGGGACAUCGCGCUCUCCAUCGCGGCCGUGUUCGUGUUCCUCGCCUUCUUCUCGAUCGGGCUGGGGCCGAUCACGUGGGUUUACAGCUCGGAGAUCUUCCCGCUGAGGCUGAGGGCGCAGGGGGCGAGUCUGGGGGUGGCGGUGAAUCGGUUGAUGAACGGGAUCGUGUCGAUGACGUUCAUUUCGCUCUACAAGGCGAUCACGAUCGGCGGCGCGUUCUUCCUGUUCGCGGGGAUCGCGGUCCUGGCGUGGCUGUUCUUCUUCUUGGCUUGUCCGGAGACGCGCGGGAGGCCGUUGGAGGAGAUGGAGGAAGUGUUCAGCUCGAGCAGGAGGAGGAGGCGGAGGUCGACGGACGGAUCGGCCGGAUCGAAACAGUUUGAGAUUGCGAAAAUGGAAGGUGAUCAGGAGAGUGCAAGUUCUUGAUCUAGUGCUUCAGGGGCGAUUUAUUGAUGUUUUAUUUAGUGGUUACAAAAAUGAUCGAGUAGCUUACUGUAUGUUGUAGCGAAUCGUGUGAGUUGCAUGCAUGAAAAGGAACUGAAAGUGCAUGUUGUUGUCAUUUGGUUUAAGAAA